AUACAUAAGUAAAUCAAAGCUGCACAGAAUGAGAAAGGUCAGAUGAGUUGGAUUAAAAACUCAACAUGUACCUGAAGUUUAACUGAGUGAGAACAUUCAAUUAUCUGGAUUAAAUAAAUUGCUGACAUGUUGGCAGAAAAUGUUUCCUGUUGAGUGAAAAAUAUAAUGUUGUUCAUCUCUUUAUAGUGUCAGUCAGCCUGUUGAAAUGAGAUCCUACAAUCUUCUGCUUCUUUGUGGCAUUUUGAGGAUGUUUCUAUUCCUCUAAAGUGAAGCUUAACAUGAAGAAUCACAUUUUCUUUUUGACACAUUUGUUUUGAAAAGGAAACUGUUUUUUUCUUUUAAACAAGAGGAAAAUAUUUGGCUGAGUGACAUUCUGGCGUCAUCUGCUGGCGACAAAAUGACAUGACAACAUUCCUGAUGUUGGGUGACACUCAAGGAUCUGAAAAUAGAUUUUGAAAUUGUUGAUCAGAGCACAGCUGCCAUUUUAAGGAGUGAGACUCUGCUGUAACACACGGUUGGAGUUUAUCAACUGAAGAAGUGAAGAGACAUGUUGGUGAGUCCUGCUGACUGAAAUAUAACUUCAGUUAAGAAUGGCUGAGAAAACUGCUCUUCUUGAAAGUUACCUGAGCUGCCAUGUGUGUUCAGAGACUUUCAGAGAUCCUGUGUCUCUGAGCUGCAACCACAGCUUCUGUUCAAGCUGCCUGCAGAAAUUCUGGGAACAAGCUGAAAACAAAAACUGUCCCAUUUGUAAAAGAAAAUCAUCAAAAGAAUUUAUAGUGAACUUUUCACUGAAGAAACUGGCUGACUCCUUUGCCGGGAGACAGAAAUCUGGAUCAUCUGAGACAGAAAAAGAAGAGAAGAAGCUGGAGGAGGUGUGUAGUAAACAUCCAGAAGAGACUAAACUGUUCUGUGAGGAUGAAGACAGAGCUGUGUGUCCUGUCUGUGAGUCUUGUGUCCACCAUAGUCAUAAAACGGUUUUUAUAGAUCAAGCAGUUAUUGACCUGAAGAACCUGUUGAAACCUGACUUACAGUCUCUGCAGGACAAGAGGGACAAAUACAAACAAGUGGAGAAAACAUACAAUGAAGUGACUGAACACUCCAAGAAGCAGCUGUUGUCCACAGAGAGACAGAUCAGAGCAGAGUUCAACAAGCUCCACCAGUUCCUGAGAGAGGAAGAGGAGUCCAGACUGGCAGCUCUGAGGGAGGAAGAGGAGCAGAAGGGGAAGACUAUCAGCAGAGAGAUGAAGAGGAUUCAGGAGCAGAUCUCCUCUCUGUCAGACAGUAUCUCUGCUGUUGAAGAAGAGCUGCAGAAACACAAGGUGCCAUUCCUCAGCAGUUAUAAAGCCACUCAGACCAGAGCCAGAGUCCAGUGCUCACUGUCAGAUCCACAGCUGGUCCCAGGAGCGCUGAUAGAUGUGGCCAAACACCUGGGCAACCUGUCCUUCAGAGUCUGGGAGAAGAUGAAGGAGAAGGUCCACUUCAGUCCUGUCAUUCUGGACCCAAACACUGCACACCCCUGGCUCUAUCUGUCUGAUGAUCUGACCAGUAUAACACGUGAAGACACAAAGCAGCAGCUUCCUGACAAUCCAGAGAGAAACACUAACUAUGCCAAUGUUCUGGGCUCUGAGGGCUUCAGCUCAGGGAAACACAGCUGGGAGGUGGAGGUGGGAGAUCAUCCUGGCUGGAAUGUAGGUUUGGUUAAAGAGUCAGCUGACAGGAAGGGAGAGCGAAAUGGCACACCAGAAUAUGGAGUCUGGUGUUUACUUCAUCGUGAUGGAAAAUACACUAAUGUUGUUGGUGAGAUUGUCAAAGUGAAGAAGAGUCUCCAGAGGAUCAGAGUCCAGCUGAACUAUGACAGGGGGGAGGUGUCCUUCUACGACCCUGAAGACAUGACUCACAUCUGCACUCACAGAGACACUUUCACUGAGAAACUCUUCCCAUAUUUUGCUAUAGGAGAGGCUGGUGAUGCUAAAACUGCUGAAAUCAAAAUCUGUCAAACAGAUUUUUCUCUGUAAUGUUCAGGAAUGUUAAUGUGUGUUCAGACUUUAUUCUGAUUUCAUCAUCUAUCUAGAUCUCAGUGGAAUCAUUUAAAGAAACAAGUUGUGAAUAUAAACUCAAUACACUGCAUUACAGGUAAUAAACGUUCAUACAGGUUUAAAUCAGUUCUAAUGUUUCGAUUUUAAGAAACAGAUUUAGUGUUUUAGUGACAAAUGUUAUAAAUGUUAAUUAUCCUGAUUAUCAGCCUUUACUUUUAAAUCAAAUAAUUUAGUCUUUCAUCAGUUUUAGUAUUUUAUUUUUGUUUUUGUUUUUAAAUAAUUUUUUCAUUUUAUUCAGUUUUGGAUCUGUUGUUUUAUCAAAUAAUGCAAUGUUUUAUUUCCAUUCAGUCUUUAAUUCUUACACUGCUUGAAUCUAGAAACAUCCUCAUACUGCCAUGAUGAAGGUAAAUGUCAGAAAACAUGAGAAAUAAAGAGUUCAAAAGAUUUAAAAGAUGGUUAAACUUUUCCCUCCUACAACUUCACCACAUUAUAAACUCUAAAACAGCAGUUCAAAGGUUAAAAACUAAUAAUUUACAACAGUCUCCUAAACAUAAACAUAUAUAUUUCAGGUCUAAACUAAAGAUUAGUUAGAGUCAGUCAGCAGGACUGUAUAAUGCUGACUCAGUGUGUGAAGGCUGCACAGAUGGAGAAACAUUUCCAACAAGACAGCACUGUUUAAGAAAUGCUUCCACUGCUACAUUUUAGUCAUUUUGUCUCCUAUUUAAUGCAGUUUUCAGAGACAACAUGCUCACAUGUGCAUCAUGUCACCAACAUUACUGAAUGAACAGAAUGUGUUCAGUAUGUGGCUGCAUGGACACAUUUUACUUCCUUUAAACGCCACAAGAUGGAGACAAAGUGCACAUUUUGUUCACAGCCUGCUCAUUUUGAACACUGUCACUUAUUUACAUGCAUAUUAUUGUUUGCUGCAGGUUGAUCUAUAGAAACACCUUUUAAUAGUUUCUGAUAGUUUCUCUUUCAAUACGAACCCUUCCCAAGUGACCAAACAGAGACAGAGAGUAUCAAGACUGUUUCUUAAUGGUUAUGUGGAAGGGAAGGCAGCAGCUCACCUACACUAGGACC